AUGUCAGCCCGGUCCUAUGUCACUUUAGAAAAGCAACUGAUUAACCCAGCAAGCGCCUCAGGUGACUCAAUCCUCGUCGACUGGGAAGGACAGGACGAUUUCUUGAACCCUGCAGACCAGAGCGUUCAGCGAAAGCAGAUCGUGACCUUCUUGGUCUCUUUGAUUGCACUUUCUGCCACUGCCACGUCUGCGACUGAUGCUUGUGGUACCAAGGAAUAUAGCGGACCCUUCGAAGUAUCCGGGGUUCUCGGAUCUCUCGCGACGGGCACGGCGGAAGUGCGCCUUUGA